GCCCGCAAUUGCCUUCGAGCCAAAGAUGUGGGACAGGCGCAUAUGCGAAGGGGCUAAAAAGUAUGCUUGACGCAUCCGAGCAGGCCAAUCUGUUGCACAGCUUCGCGGGAAAACCCUGGUAUGCUUUUGGUCGAAGCAAAAGCCAUCUCUUUGAUCACCACCAAGCGAAGUGUAUACUCUACAUAUUCUGCACAUUGUUCGCCUUGAGCUUCACAACUUCCCUCCCCAACCAAGAAGGAAUCCUCUAUCCUGAACGCUAUCCAUGAUCGACUCCUGCAGUAUGGGCGUAGAGAAGCUCGUUAUCAAGCCGGGCAACGGUAUAGACUACCCGAAGAAACACGAUGAAGUCUCUAUGGAAUACACUGGUUGGUUGUUCGACGAUGAUGCUCCAGACCACAAAGGUGGACAAUUCGAUACUUCUGUAGGUCGGGGUGACCUGAUUACUCCCAUCGGCGCAGGCCGAGUUAUCAAAGGGUGGGACGAAGGCAUUCUGGGCUCCGCAGAAGCGUCACCCAUGACGCUGGGAGAAAAGGCAACUUUGAUCAUAACACCUGAUUAUGCAUAUGGUCCUCGUGGAUUUCCUGGACAUAUCCCCGCGAAUGCCAAAUUGAUCUUUGACGUCGAGCUGAAAGCCAUCAACGGAAAGAAAGCAUAAAGCGCUUCGCCUUUGGUAUGCACCAUUGCGCAGCUGCUGAACAUGUUCGUCCACAUAUACCCCGUUACUACCCGACCUUCGAGGCGCUAGUAUUUCAUAAUUGAGGUCAGCACAUGUGUGAACAGGAAAUGUCCACCUGCACCGAAGAUCAGCGCAUGUGCUGCGCCAAUCACUCCAGAUCCUUAAUGAUCCUUCGCAUGCUUGCAGACGCAAAAGCUUUUUGGUUUCUCUACCCUUU